AGGCUGCGAGUGCAGUAACGGUAGAGGAAGUUUCUGCUAGUCAUUUCUCUUUAACCAGUAAUACGCACAUUUAACCCUUUAAACCUGCUUUAAAAACCCGUAAACCGCUUUAUUGUUGUUUCUCUGACGGCGUGGAACAGAUCGAGAGCAGGAUGUCGGAUGACGAUCAGCCCAAGACUCUGUACGUCGGGAACCUUUCCAGGGAUGUGACCGAGGCUCUCAUCAUGCAGGUGUUCACCCAGAUCGGGCCCUGCAAGAGCUGCAAAAUGAUUAUCGAUACGGCAGGAAACGACCCGUACUGCUUCGUGGAGUUCUAUGAGCACAUGCACGCUGCUGCUGCCCUGGCUGCCAUGAACGGGAGGAAAAUCUUAGGAAAGGACAUGAAGGUGAACUGGGCUUCCAUGCCAAGCAGCCAGAAGAAAGACACAAGCAAUCACUUCCAUGUCUUCGUUGGUGACUUGAGUCCAGAAAUCUCUACAGAUGAUGUCCGAGCUGCCUUUGCUCCCUUUGGAAAAAUAUCUGAUGCUCGAGUGGUGAAAGACCUGGCCACUGGGAAGUCCAAAGGAUAUGGUUUCAUCUCCUUCAUUAACAAAUGGGAUGCCGAGAACGCCAUCCAGCAGAUGAACGGCCAGUGGCUGGGAGGCAGACAGAUCAGAACCAACUGGGCCACCCGGAAGCCCCCUGCACCCAAAUCUAGUCUCGAGAGUAACACCAAGCACCUGUCCUAUGAGGAGGUGCUGAACCAGUCGAGCCCCAGUAACUGCACAGUGUACUGCGGAGGGGUCACCUCCGGCCUGUCAGAUCAGCUCAUGAGGCAGACCUUCUCUCCAUUUGGCCAGAUCAUGGAGAUCAGGGUUUUCCCAGAUAAAGGCUACUCGUUCAUCAGGUUCGACUCCCACGAGAGUGCCGCUCAUGCCAUAGUGUCCGUGAAUGGGACGUGCAUCGAGGGCCACACGGUGAAGUGCUAUUGGGGCAAAGAAACCGCCGACAUGAGGGCCAUGCAGCAGAUGGCCAUGCCCCAGAGUAACCCUGCCUAUGCUGCUCAGCCGUACGGCCAGUGGGGCCAGUCCUAUGGCAACGGCCAGCAGAUGGGUCAGUACGUCCCCAAUGGCUGGCAGAUGCCCACUUACGGAAUGUACGGCCAGGCCUGGAACCAGCAGGGCUACAAGUAAGUACAGACCACGGCACGGCGUCCGCCACCUCCUCCGCCUGACCGCUAUACCGGAUCGGGAAGGGGCAGAAAAAAAUGCCAGCGUGACGGACCAUUCCAUCACACACCGGGGGUGGCACAAGGACUCCAAUUCAAUGUACAGCAUAUUCGGAUCAUUAGCAUCUCCCCCUGCCACCUGUUAUUGUUAUUGUUUUGGUUUUUUUUUUUCAUGGGUAGUUCUUUGGACUGAUUUUUAAGACCGUCAGUCUUUUUAAUAAAAAAAAAAAAGUGUCUUUUCUUUUCUUUUUGUUUGCCUUUUUUAUAAUGGAAUUAAUCUCGGCAGUCCCUGUAGUUUUGAUUCACAGUAUUGAGUAGUUUAAUCCCCCAUGUAAGGACUGUUUCACUGUAAAAUGAAUCAACAGACACUUCCUGUUCCUUUUCACUCCCCCACCAAAGUUCAGAAACGGCAUUCCUUUUGUACCCAUCUACCACUUUUGUGAAUCCUCGUCGAACUCAGAAUCAUAAGGACACACAGCAGGUUAUAAUAACGAUAAAUUCUAUUCGUUUUAUUUGCACCAGUAAGGUUUCCAGCCUCCGUCUGGUAGCUGUGAAAAUUCUAACAUGCAGGAGGUUUCCUCAGUGGCCUUGACGUGCACUUGAAGUCAUCGCGACUUCUCGUGAAUUAACAGGUUGUUCUUAAUUUCUUCUCCAGCUUUUUAACAAAAUUACCGCUGCGCGACACUCUCUCCUUUUUCCCCCCCUUAUACAUUUAUCAACUUUUUAUUAAAGACAUGAGAAGUGCUUGAUCUUUCAUUACGUGAUGUAUAAUGCUCGUUAAGCUCUGUUCAAACGUCCUCCUCCUCUUUUUCUUUAAAUGUUAUAAAGAAUCAUGUUUCUCGACGAUAAUUAGGCUAGACGCGAGUGCUAUAAGUUCUGUGUAAAGAUAUUUUUUGUAAUUCUGUGUAAAUUGGGAUUUGUUUACCGUCUCAUAAAUUGUACGGACGAGCCUACGCGCCGUCCGGUUCUUCGCCGUUAUUUUUGGCGUGCGAAACCUAUAUGGAGUUUAGAUUUAGAUUUAUUUAAGCAGUUUUAAUCAUAUUUUCCUUCCUUUUCAUUUUACCCUCACGUGAACAUGCGCGUCAUUCGCCGUGUUUUGCUUUUACGAGCCAAAGAAGACGCCGUGAGGACUGCUUUUAAGUCGUGGUGCCGCACGGGCAUACAUCUGAGCUGUAGAUGGUCCGGUGUGUUCUCAUCGCUGUGUCCACGUUUCGUUCUCCUCCCUGCAUCAGUCUGUCCUAAAGAAAAGAGCUUACGUCUCUAAGCAGUCGGUCUUUCCCUGUCUCUUCUGUAUUUCCUUGUUUGAAUAAAUCUUUCUUUGUUUUUUGGUUGGUUUUCUGCUCGUAGCUUUGGCUGAUGAACCAGACGGCCUGCUUUCUACAACGUUUGAAAUUGUAUUUUGUAAAAAGCUGAAGAAAUGUACUGUUCAUCUGAUUUUUCUUUCUCUAUUAGAAUUUUUGCUUCCUUGCUCAUUCCGAAUUAGACCUUGAGUUAUUUUGGAGGGAUGUUUAUUUUUGACUUUUUGGGUUCCAUGUGUAAAUAACUUGAUAAACCAUUAAAAUGCUGUUCCAGUAUUCUAA